GGGUUGGUUAAAUCCGGGUCUGACAGCUAAACCUUCAUGUGGAAAAUAGUAUUGCUUUCACACUGCAUUCUUUUCCAUUCUUUUUCUCAACCCUUUUCACGGACCUUAACUUAGUUUUGUUCUUUUUGUUGUUCACUAGAUAUUACUUUCAUUUUUUUAUUUGUUUUCCCACUUCAGAUAUAGCUUGCUUCUCUUCUUGUUCCUUCACUUGUGUUCUCUCUCUCUCUCUCUCUCUCUCUCUCUCUCUCUCGUUCAUCCCUCUUUGAGUGUUCUUCAAUCACUAUUCUUUCAUGGGUUGCUGCUUCAGUGCAAAGAUCAAAGCUGAGAGCCCUCCACGCCAUGGUGUGAGUUCAAAGGAUGGUAGCAGAGAAGAUGGUUUGAGUGGUUUAAGCAGCAAAGUCUCGACCACUGCUCCUCCGACUCCUCGGUCCGAGGGAGAGAUCUUGAAAUCCUCGAAUUUGAAGAGCUUCACCUUUGCUGAACUUAAAACCGCUACGAGGAACUUUCGUCCGGAUAGUGUGGUGGGAGAAGGUGGUUUUGGUUCUGUAUUCAAGGGGUGGAUUGAUGAGCAGACACUUGUACCGGUUAAACCCGGUACUGGAAUGGUCAUUGCUGUGAAGAGGCAUAACCAAGAAGGUGGACAAGGACACAGUGAAUGGUUGACCGAGAUAAAUUACCUGGGGCAGCUGCGUCAUCCUAAUCUUGUGAAACUGGUUGGUUAUUGCUUGGAAGAUGAUCAAAGGCUUUUGGUGUAUGAGUUCUUGACCAAGUGUAGUUUGGAUAAUCACUUAUUUAGGAGGGCUUCUUAUGUUGAGCCGCUUCCUUGGAACAUUCGGAUAAAGGUUGCCCUUGAUGCUGCUAAGGGUCUGGCAUAUCUCCACAGCGACGAUGCAAAAGUGAUAUUCAGAGACUUCAAAACUUCUAAUAUAUUGCUUGAUUCGAAUUAUAAUGCGAAACUUUCUGAUUUCGGCUUGGCAAAGGAUGGACCAGCAGGUGAUAAGAGCCAUGUCUCUACAAGGGUGAUGGGCACAUAUGGUUAUGCUGCACCUGAAUACAUGGCCACAGGUCACUUGACCAAGAAGAGUGAUGUAUACAGCUUCGGAGUUGUUCUCCUAGAAAUCAUGUCGGGUAAGCGCGCCCUCGACAACAACAGGCCAUCCCGGGAGCAGAACUUGAUUGAAUGGGCCAAACCUUACCUCAACAGCAAGCGCAGGAUCUUCCAAGUCAUGGAUGCUCGAAUCGAAGGCCAAUACACGCUGCGUGAGGUGAUGAAACUAGCUAACCUCGCCAUCAAAUGCCUAUCGGUCGAGCCGAGGUUUCGGCCGAAGAUGGAUGAGGUGGUGAGGACAUUGGAGCACCUGAAUGAUUCCGACGGAGAGGGAUGCUCUAGAGAUCAAGAUUUGAAAAGGAAUGGUCAUAGACAUAGCUCAGGAAGCAGUGGUACUAAACAACAUAGAAGAAAACAUGAAACAAUUACAACCACCAUGCAAAAAGAAUGAGAUUAGUUACCACUACUUAUGCUGUUGAGUUUGGUAUAUCAUUAAUUAAUUAAUUAAUUAUUGUAUAUGAUGAUGAACUUAAGCGUAUAUGAGGAAUCUGAUCGCUGUACAGGUUUUGAUUCAGUAAUAUUAUUAAUUCCCACA